AUGCGAGCGAGUCGCCACGAAAAAGCCACCACCCCCGCCGCCCCAGCCGAUGCAGCACAUGACAUCGACUUUGGACACCUAUGGCGACAGCUGAAGGCGGCGAGGUGGACAUCGAAGCGGCCGACGGGUAUCCAGACCGAGUGGACCUAUGCGAGUCCAAUAGACGACGUGCUGGUUGGUGAACGGGCUGUUGUGGAAUUUGCAUUCAAGACGAGCUUACUUGUUGACGGUGAAGACGUUUCCGUCGAGGCCGGAGCAGACGAUGCUGAUAAGCGUGACGGUCACGGUGACACCGACGACGCUGCUGAGCAUGACGGACACGGCGAAGGUGGCACUGACGACGCCACCAUUCGUCCCUCGCAGAUAGACACUUCUGUUCUGCUUUUGCAGAAUACCGUCGAGCAGGUAGUAGGCUCGGACUCCGAUGCAUCGGGAGUUGAGCUUUCGCAGAAUGCUGUAGCCAAAGUGCUCGAUCUCUCGCAACGAGAUUUACACGCGGAGGAGGGGCUAUGCGACGCAGCUGCUAGCUUGCACUUGCUGUCGGAACCGUCAGGGGAUGAGAAGGCCACAAGCAGCUCCAAGUCAAUCAUGCUUCACAAAUGGCUCCUUGGAAUCUGCAGUACUGCUGUAGCGCUUGUGUCCAUUUCUGCCAACGACCUAAAUGCUCGCGCCAACGCCAUUGUCGAGAACUUCACGGAUAAGCAAAUUAUCGGUCAGCUGGCCCAGGUUGCCAUCUCCUCUGUAUUGAACGCGGACUACUCACUAAACGAGGACCUCGUCCGCUACUACGCCAAGCUCCACGUCGGCUCAUUUUUGAUCUCACCGUUCGCGAAUGGCCCGAACGACCUUACCGGUGUUGUUGGCUGGGGCUUAACCGAUUGGCGUGAUAUCAUAACGCGUAUCCAAGAGAUCGUCAUGGAGGAGAACGACGGCAUCCCAAUGAUCUACGGUCUCGACUCAGUCCACGGUGCUGGUUUUGUUUUAAACACGACAUUAUUCGGCGCUCAGAUCAAUAGUGGAGCCUCGUUCAACCCCGAACUGGUGUACGAAAUGGGUCGUAUCACCGCCCAGGACACACUCGCAGCCGGGGUUCCGUGGGUGUUUGGACCCAUCCUCGAGAUUUCAAGUAACCCGCUGUGGCCACGCACCUAUGAAACCUUUGGUGAAGAUACUCAUCUCGUGUCAGUGAUGGGCAGUGCACUCAUUCGCGGCUUACAGAGUAACAACCAGACCGCGGCGUGCAUGAAGCACUUCAUAGGUUACUCAAAAACACCAUCGGGUCACGACAAGGAUGGCAUUCAGAUAUCCGACUUCGACCUGCUCAACUACUACGUGGAUCCUUUCAAGACUGCUAUUGACGCAGGGGUCAUGACGACCAUGCAAACCUACAUUUCCAUUAAUGGUGUACCCUCCAUUAGUAACCACAAGAUCCUUCAGAAACUGCUGCGUGAGGAUCUCGCCUUCGAGGGUCUAGCUGUCACUGAUUUUGGCGUGAUUGGCGAACUCAACUCGUUCCACCGCGUCGCGCGUACUGUUGGCGAGGCCGUCCGUAUUACCAAACUUUUCCUGGACGAAAGCCCCGAAUACGUCGACCGACUCAAGGAAUCCGCAAAGCGUAUCAUAAAGACCAAGUUACAGUUGGGGCUAUUCGACACCCCCGUACCGGGCGCCGACGAUGUCGCCAAGGUUCGCAACGAUGCCGAUGUUGAAAAAUCGUUGGAAAUGGCUCGAGAGUCGAUUGUGCUUCUCCAGAACAACGACAGUACGCUGCCAAUCUCGAGUUCGUCUUCGGUGUUCCUAACGGGCCAUUCAGCUCACAAUAUCGGCAACCAGUGCGGUGGUUGGAGUGUUAGAUGGCAUGGUUACACUGGCAACGAUUAUUUCCCGAACGGCGUUUCUGUCAGGGAUGGCAUGGUGGAUAUUGCAGGUGACAAGGUGGUCUACUUCAACGGACUGGACUACGACGGCAAUUACACGGCAGCUAACCUGAGUACUGCUAAGGUGCACGCUAGUCAGGCUGAGUACACCGUUGUCAUCAUUGGUGAACAGCCCUACGCAGAAAAAACCGGUGACAUUGACGACCUUGCGCUACCUGCUGGUCAGAUUGAAUAUGUCAAUGAACUUGCCUCGGUUAGCACCAAGGUGAUUCUUGUCCUGUUCGCAGGCCGGCCGCGUCUACUUAGCGAUCUCCCAGAGAACGUCCAUGCCGUGGUACACGGUCUGCUCGCUUGUGAACAGGGCGGGAAGGCGGUGGCGGAAAUUUUGUACGGUCAGGUGAGCCCUAGUGGACGUAUGCCGAUCACAUACCCGAAGGGUUCUGGAAACAUCCUGAUGCCUUAUAACCACCGUGUUUCAACUCUUUGUGCCGAUUCUACCUACUGUGAGAUGCAGUGGGAUUUCGGCACCGGUCUAAGCUACACUGAGUUUAUCUACUCUGACCUCACCCUCAGUCGGGCCAUCGUCACCUCCAGCUCCGAUUCAAUUGAUGUGUCUCUCACCGUCAUGAACUCUGGCAGUAUGGCCGGUAAGGAGACCGUGAUGUUAUUCCUGACGCAGCCGUACCGAUCGCUUUCGGUGCCUGAAGUGAAACAGUUGAAGAAAUUCACAAAGAUCAGUCUGGAGCCUGGCCAGACUCAGCGUGUGAGCUUUACGUUGACCGCGGAGGACUGGAGCGUGUAUUACCCGCAGAUUGGCAACGGUAUGAAAAAGGUUGCAGAGGACACGGACUAUGUGAUCGGAAUCAAACCGGAGACAGACUGCGACGUGUACAACGAGACAGCCACAGCCAACCCGCUGUGCGCGACGUUUACUCUGCAGACGGGUGACUACCCCUACGGCGUCUUUGUUGAGUGA